AUGGCCUCUCAGAUCUUGCGUUUUUUCGUAUUUUCACCGUAUCCAGCCAAUCUAUCGGUCGAUUUCCAGUCGAUUUCGUGCUCCGCUCGUGCAAUGUCUUUGAUGUUCCUUGAUUGGUGUGCCGAUAUUUCUUCCUGUUUCACCGAUAUACUUCCGCUCACAGUUGCUGCAUUUGAUGAGAUAAACUCGCGAGAAAUUAAGAUUGUCUGUCUUCGCGUGCUGCGUCGGCAAACUGGUGAACAGUGUUUACUUCUUCUUUGUUAUCACCCUGUUAUUCCAUUUCCUUAG